UCAUAUUAACAAUCCUGGUUCACACUAGAACAUCAUCAAAGAAAUCUCGCCUCCAGGAAAUGCUGGCCACCUCUGAAAAGCCUAGUUUGACUCCUGAGCAGGUCGAGGCGAUUGACAAUGAAACAUAUGGACUUGCCUCGUCAAAAAGUGUAGCGGGUACGGAGAUCAAGUUGGAAGGAUUCCAAGUAGCUGAUGUUUGGUUUAGAUUCCUGAUCUUGACGUGUAUCUUGCAUCAUAUGUGCGUGUUGCAAGGAUCAGAUCAGUCAGCAGAAUCGACCCGGAGGCCGCACGCAUUCCCCGCGUCGGAUGGAAAUUCUUUUAGUCAAGAAACAUACAGGGGAUUCAUUGUAGUCAAUAAUUAG